AUGUCUGCUUCUACUACCAAUUCCUCUGUAUUCAUUCUUACAGGGUUCCCUGGCCUGGACCAGUACUAUCUCUGGUUUUCAAUUCCCUUCUCCUCCAUCUAUGCUAUGGUUUUCAUGGGAAACUGCCUGGUGCUACAUGUGAUUCGGACCGAACCGAGCCUGCAUGAGCCCAUGUUCUACUUCCUGGCCUUGCUGGCCCUCACUGACCUGUGCAUGGGGCUGUCCACAGUGCACACGGUGCUGGGGAUCCUGUGGGGGCUCAGCCAGGAAGUCAGCCUGGAUGCCUGCAUUGCACAGACUUAUUUUAUCCAUGGUCUCUCCUGCACAGAGUCCGGAGUCCUUCUUGCCAUGGCUUUUGAUCGCUUUACUGCCAUCUGCAAUCCUCUGAGAUACAGAUCCAUCCUGACUAAUAGUAGAGUCAUUCAUUUCAUGGUGACCAUUGUGCUGAGAAGCGCUGUGUCCAUUCUUCCUGUCAUUCGUCUGAAGUUCUUCCAUUACUGCCGCCCUCAUGUCCUCUCCCACUCUUUCUGCUUGCACCAGGACCUGCUCAGGCUGGCCUGUUCUGACAUCCGCUUCAACAGCUUCUAUGCCCUGGCUCUGGUGAUCUGUACCCUGCUGUUGGAUGCUGUCCUUAUUCUCAUCUCCUAUGUUUUCAUCUUGUAUACAGUGUUGGCAAUUGCAUCUCAGGAAGAGAGGUUCAAGUCUUUGCAGACCUGUGUUUCCCACCUCUGUGCUGUCCUGGUUUUCUAUAUUCCCAUCAUUGGUCUCACCAUGGUGCACCGCUUUGGGAAGCACCUCUCGCCUUUGGUUCAUGUUCUUAUGGGCAACAUUUAUAUUCUCUUUCCACCCCUGAUGAAUCCAAUCAUCUACAGUGUCAAGACCCAGCAGAUUCGAAGCAGGAUGAAGAAGUGGUUUUCUUUGAAAAUGUAG